CGCCGCCAUAUUGUCUCCCCCCGCGGCAGGCUGAGAGAGGCCGCCCCCUCCCCCCAGGAGCGGACCCGCGAGAGACCCGCCCGCCCUCCUCGUCGCCGCCUCUCGCGCGGCCCGGCGAGGAACAGGGCGAUGCUGUAACCGAAUGCCUGGAUUCUGGGAACCUCCUUUGGUUUUGCUCCCAUUGUGCCAGAUGGGACCCUGCUGCUGACGGCGUGGGAGCACCCUGCCACACCCGAGCGCUGCGUGGCCAGCGUCACCCCCCAACCCUCCUCCCUGCCUGGAAUGCUGUGUGUGCCUUGCUCUGCCUCUCGCAGGGCAGCGCCCAGUGGCAUUGGGGCUACAGAUUAAAGCAGACUCGAGAGCAGCGGUGGUGCUGAUCUUCACUCUGGGACAGCAUGUCGGGCCCGGUACCAAGUCGAGCGAGAGUCUACACAGACGUCAACACGCAGAGGCCCCGCGAGUAUUGGGACUACGAGUCACAUGUUGUGGAGUGGGGUAACCAAGAUGACUACCAGCUUGUGCGGAAACUCGGUCGUGGCAAAUACAGCGAAGUCUUUGAAGCCAUCAACAUCACUAACAAUGAGAAAGUUGUGGUGAAAAUCCUUAAGCCAGUAAAAAAGAAGAAAAUCAAGCGUGAGAUUAAGAUCCUGGAAAAUCUCCGAGGAGGGCCUAAUAUCAUCAACCUUCUAGACAUAGUCAAGGACCCCGUGUCCCGGACACCCGCCCUGGUUUUUGAGCAUGUCAACAACACAGAUUUUAAGCAAUUGUAUCAGACGCUUUCAGAUUUUGAUAUUCGAUUCUACAUGUAUGAAAUCUUGAAGGCUCUGGAUUACUGCCACAGCAUGGGGGUCAUGCAUCGGGACGUCAAGCCACACAAUGUGAUGAUCGACCACGAGCAUCGGAAGCUGCGCCUGAUUGACUGGGGCCUGGCAGAAUUCUACCACCCGGGGCAGGAAUACAAUGUGAGGGUGGCUUCCCGGUACUUCAAGGGGCCGGAGCUUCUGGUGGAUUACCAGAUGUACGACUACAGCCUGGACAUGUGGAGCCUGGGCUGCAUGUUGGCCAGCAUGGUCUUCCGCAAGGAGCCUUUUUUCCACGGCCACGACAACUAUGACCAGUUGGUGCGGAUUGCCAAGGUGUUGGGCACAGAGGACCUCUAUGACUAUAUUGACAAGUACAAUGUGGAACUGGACCCCCGCUUCAAUGACAUUCUGGGCAGGCAUUCCCGCAAGCGGUGGGAGCGUUUUGUGCACAGCGAGAACCAGCACCUGGUGAGCACCGAGGCGCUGGACUUCCUGGACAAGCUGCUGCGCUACGACCACCAGACUCGGUUGACGGCCCGCGAGGCGAUGGAGCACCCGUACUUCUAUCCAAUUGUGAAGGAUCCGGCCAGGCUGGCCUCCUCCACCGUGCUGUCGUCAGCUAACACGCCUGUCAGCUCCUCCAGCAUGUUGGCAGGGAUCGCCUCCAUGUCUGCCUCUCAGCCGAUCGGUGGCUUGGCCGCCUCCCCCGUCAUCUCUUCUCCAAACGCUCUGGCCUCACCAGUCCCUGCUGCCGCCGGAGCUCAGCCUUGACCACCCGACAGCUGCCUCUGGCUUCAAGCACCACCCGGGCCACUGCCUUGCCCUCCUCCUCCUCACCCUACCUGCCCCCCUCUGCAUGGCACUCUUGCCCAUCCAGGGUGGGCAGGAGAAUGGCCAGGCGGGGUGGGGCAGGGCACAGGGGGGUCUGCCUCUGGAAUCCGGUUUUUCUGUUUGUUUCUGUUGCGUAUGUCAAGGGGCCGAGUCCAGGCUGCUGCUGCCGCCGCUGCCACCACCGCUCUUCCUCCUCCUCCUCGGUGUGACAGCAAACGCGGACUCUUGUUCCAGGCAGGGGCUUCUCUGUGGUUCGUGUUGGGGCACGUGAGCUGCAUUCUUCCCACGAGGGCCGUGGUUAGUGAUGCAACUACAGUGUGGACACCUACGCGGAGAAUAAAAUUUAUUUUCUAUGUCCCUAAA